UUUCUCUCUCGGCGUCUCUCUCUUUCCACUCCACUUUUCGCCAGCCUGGACCGAUACAACCUACACUUCUACACUAAGGUAGAGAGGAGACUCGUUUGACGUGUCCGGUGCGAGAGACUCAAGGCCCGUGCCGUCUGCAUCACGGAUUCGACAGAGGCCAGGAGGAGGACGGCAAUGGCUCUUCCAGCACAGCAACAGCACAGCAGGCGGCUGCUCGCCUCCUGGCGUGAAGACAAUAUCAAGAUCAAGCGGCACAGCUCAGCCCCACCGCCCAAGAUUCGCAGCACCACGACCUCAGCACCGUCGUCGUCGACCGCAACCGCCGCUUCUUCUCCUUCCGCCGAAAUGUACGACCAGCUUAGUUUCCCGAUGCCGGCCUUCUCCAAGGCCCUCAAGGUAAUCGGGAACGAAAGCUACACCCUCAGAUCGCAGGCGACAGGCCGCCGCUGGAGGGCUGUCAGCUCCUCCCGGGAGUGCCAGUUCGGAGAGGUGUUGCGUGCUGUUGAGGUUACAGACGAAGAAGCAGCGGCAUCAUCGCCAGCGUACUUCGCAAUCAAGGAGCUCAACUUGGACAAGCUGCGAGAGGUGCAGGGCCGGACAUACGAGGAUCCGCUGCGGGAAGUGGCCGCUUUGCAGUUCCUGUCGAGCCACCAGAACGUCCUUCCUUGCACCGAGGCACUCUGGGAUUCGGACAGCAUCUACAUCGUCACGCCGUUCUACAGCGGGGGCGAAGUUUUCGACGCGCUGACGGACCGGGGUCGGUAUGAGGAGGGCGAGGCGCGACCGCUGUUCCGCCAGGUGUUGCACGCGCUUCGCCACCUCAAGAUCCACGGGGUCUGCCACCGGGACGUGAGCCUUGAAAACCUGCUGCUGGACGAGGGGAACACCGUGAAGCUUGUCGACUUCGGGCUGGCGCUGCGCAUUCCUCAGAAGCCUGACGGCAGGGCCAGGGUUCUCCUUCCCCAGGGCCCCUGCGGCAAGCCGUUCUACAUCGCCCCGGAGGUCUUGUCGAGCUCGGUCUCGAGCGGAUUCGACGGGUUCGCCGUGGACGUGUGGGCGUGCGGCGUCCUGCUCUUCGUCAUGCUGACAGGAGUUCCGCCGUUCGAGAUGGCUCUUCCAUCCCAGGAUCAGCGGUGUCAGAUCGUGGCCGUCGAAAAGAGACUCGUGGACCUUCUGUCGGCGUGGGGCAUCUCCUUGUCGCCGGAGGCUGCGGGUUUGAUCCAGUCCUGCCUGCGCCAUUCCCCGGCAGAACGGCCCAGCGUCGAGAAUCUCCUUCGUCACCCCUGGAUGAAGGCUUCGUGAUGAUGAUAUUCACCUGACUUAGCUGAUGAUGGCCGACGAGGCUUGAUACGGUGUAUAUUUGAGUAAACCCUUCACCCGAUCACUACCGCCUCCUUCCUGUACGAAAACGCAUCAUCAAUGGUCGGGAAAUUAGGAAGUGAACAAUGUGUGUCUUGAGCUUGAUUUAGAGAGGGGUUGUGUUUGCGUGGGUUUUUUGGGGUGGCCGCGGUUGCGGUUGCUGCUUCUGGAAAAGGCUGGUACGAAGAUUAUGUGGGGGAUGGCAGGCGCGGCGUGUAAACGAAGUACAACGUACGGUUAAAUGAAGCCACGGCAGGAUAGAAGUAUGCAAGAUGGUUGGAGCGUUGAUAGGGGGGAAGGCACCGCCCAUUUCAUUGCAAGUUGUGGUGUAGCACGCGUUUUCUGUCUCGUGCGCGGAUGGGUGUGCCGCUCUUUCAGGCGCACGGUCCACCAGUGGUGGAUUUUCACGCAAUUUUUUUUAUAUUUUAGGCGGUUUUCGUGUUUAUGCUCUUUCUCACCAAAAAAAGUGUGGGUUGUGUGUCGCAUUGUGCUGUGGAGGAUUCUUGCUAGACUGUUGGAGGACGCAGUGUGUGUUGUGAAGGAUUUUGUGAUUUCGUUUUUUUCGUGGAGUGAAUUUACGUGGGUUUCGAGGCUCUUGCGUGAUUUGACUGUCUUGGGGAGAGCAACCGCUCAAGCGUACAAGGCCGAAGCGAAAGUGAGUUGAAAACAAUCGGGUAAAUGAUCUGAAUGGAAGAGUGCGGUGAGAUCGGGGGGCGGGGGGCGGGAGCGUGGUUGUGGGCUUGUGCAUUUGUUUUUCCCUCACAACGAAUUUUUUGCUGCACGUGCCAUCCUCCUGAGGUGCUUGAUACUCGGGCCAAUGCUAAUAUGUAGUAUUGAGUCAUAAGGUGCUGUUUGAGGUUUUUUUUUUUCCGUGCGGAUAGUUCAAGAAGGUUUUCGCGCGUUCGCUUGGCUCGGGUGUCUUGUGUUGUCGAGAGCCACGAGAGGCACUUUUGUGGCGGAACCUGUUGACGGAAAUACAUACGCACCAGAUUAUGUUUCGCAGGUAGCACCCGAUUUGAACGUGUAACAGUGUUGAUGGGAGUGUGUGGCAUGCAACUGAUACAUACGAAUCAAUGUACCGGGGGUAAAGGGUAAAAUUUCGCGCUCGUUGUGAAACAUGGAUGAAUCCAACAUGAUCUCGGAUUCUACCCUGUAUUUAAUUUAUUGUUCAGUUUUUAGCUGGCUGGCGUUCGUUCCUGACGCCUCCAGCACGGCAACGGGUGUUGGUUGGGUGGUUGGUUUUGGUAGUCCAUGGAGUAUGCGCGUUCGUUCGUUCGUGUGGUCUGGGUGGGUGGUUUCGACGUCUGUCGCCAGACGUGCGCGAGGCCUGUUAGCGUGCGUGCUUGGACGUGAUGCUGACGUUAGGGGGGGGUGGAAAUGGUUUCUCCUACAUGUAGUUCGUAGGGCUUGCAAUACACUAGGUAGGGUAGCAUCAUGUGGUAUAUGGUGAGGGCACGGGUUAGGAUGCCGACUGCCGUCGCACGUGCUUUAUUUGCCAGUUGGUGGGUUUAGUUUCUCUCUUGCUGAGUCAUGCGGUGCUUUCUGGAGGUUUUUAUUUAAUUGUAUUUGAACGCUGUAGUCUAGUAAGCAGUAUUUUGCGAAAGAUUUGUAUUCUGUUGUUUCAUGUACUGCACGUAAAGGAAACACUGAAAUCCUAUUCAAUGUGCGAUGUUUUUUAAAUUUAUAUCAU